AUGUUCCAACACCAAUCCCACGAGCCGAGCUUCCUCCAUUCCAAGGCAGAGAAGGACUCCCGCUUCGCUCUUCCGGGAUUCAACCGGCCACUGGAUUUUGCUCCGAUGGAGAAAAAUGUCUACGGUGUCGAAAGCCGGAGUAUGUUUCCAUCUGCGUUGGAUGAUAGAGACAUCCAAGCAGGAUACGUGGACCUGCCCGUCUUGACGCUCCGUGAGAUGAGUAUGGUGGAGGUCAUGGAGGACCUGACCGAUAUUCCUGAGUGGUGGAAAAAGGUCUUUGAGCCCGCCACACAAGAGAAGUGGAAAAAGGAUGCUCUGAACAGUGGCAAAGACAUUACGCUCAACAUGGCUGAAUGGAUUAUUGACGAGCUUCAAUUCAAAGCCAUGAUCUACGAGACUACAGGUAUAGUCGCCCUGUACAACGGCGAUGUCACUAAGUCCGACACAAACAUGCCUGAGGGGCUCUAUGACGAGAUGAGAGACAAGUUCUCCUUGCUAGAAUACGAUAUGAAAGCAAUGCAGUACUUCCAUCCAGGAAGCCUAAACCUAGAGCGUGACCUCAUUUCCAUGGCCUUGUACCCGCUCCUUUACGGCAGAACCCGCAUUCUCACCGACAGGAUCAUUGGGCUCGAAGAUGCCCUCAGAUACGCCGGCCAAGGCGAAGUGAUCCCAGUCCCAAAAGAGACUGGAAUAACCAGAGAAGACAUUGCCUUCCGUGUCUUGUCCCGGGCAGAUAUCAAGGUUCGGCCCUACAGCCGGAAAUUUCAGAUCCUGCCUUCAGACUGGGAACUCGGCGAUGAUGGACAAUGGCGCAUAGCCUCAUACAUCAACAACCUGCACCCAGUCAAACACCAGCCCAUCUACAAGCUCCUCGAGAAGAUUUUCAAUCUCAUCGUCCCGCAAUGGAACGCAACUUUGACUCCCCUCAAGGAUAUGCUCCAUUCCCGUUCCCGAAUCGAAUACCACAAGGCGGAGUAUUACCCAGUGCCGAAGGAGGUCGCUGCCCAGGCACCGCAGAUGCAUCCAAGAGAGGCGCCGAGUGAAUUCAUCGAGCGCAACGAAAGGUGGAGAAUGGAGAACUACCGUGCCAUCCAACCCGACGCCACAAAGUUCAUCCCCUGGGCCGUUCCACCCUGGUUGAUGGACAAACUGCCCGAGGACCUUCCCAGCGCCGUCCGGAUUGAACGAGGUGUCGAUAUCAACAAGGACUACAAGGAUCGUGGCUUACAGGUGAUCACACGUAUAUUAGGCGUUGAUCUAACACCGGAUAAUCCGACUUUCGAGACAGACUGGCAUGUCGAAGGCACGAUGAACGAGCACAUCUGCGCCGCGGCAUUCAUACCAUACGCCCACGAAAACGUCGUCAGUCCGAACAUGAUAUUCCGCAACAUGGUAGAAACCCAGCCGCUCGCAGAAGUCGAGCACGACCCAAACGACUUCAUCUGGCUGCAGCAAGUCUUUGGUUUGGUAAACGGCGAGCCGGCCAUUCAAUACCCAGGGUCGACUCGCGCCAAUGUAGGCCGAGUGGUCAUGUACCCGAGCACUCUAGAACACAAGUUCACGCGCUUCGAGUUGAAGGACAGGACUAAGCCUGGGUACACGCGCGCCCUCGUGUUUUUCCUUGUCGAUCCUAAUAUCCGUAUCAUCUCUACGGCCAAUAUCGCGCCCCAGCGUUUUGAUUGGACCAAGGAGAUUCCGCCUGGGAUGGGGGUUAAGGAAGGUUUGCAAAAACUGGCGCUUGAUAAUAUAGAUGAAAAGGGUGAUAUGCCGAUGAGUCUGCGUGAGGCUUUGGAUAUGAGGAUAAAGGUUUUGGAGGACGUCGCGGAAUUUACUCGCUAUCAGCAUGUGGCUUUUGAGUCGAAUGUGUUGAUGCUCUAA